AUGCGGGGUGAGGCAGCAGACGGCGUGGUGCGCAUCGGCGGGGCGGAAGCAGCGGUAGCCGGCACUGUGAGCGGCGCGGUCACCGUCGGCAUCCGGCCCGAGGACCUGCUGCCCGACGGCGCUGCGGAAGAAGGCAGGCUCCGGGCGCGAGUCACACUGGUCGAGCCCAUGGGCGCGGACACGCUGGUCUUCUGCGUCACCGACGAGGACCAGGAGAUCACCGUCCGCCUGCCGCGCUACACGGCUGCGCGAGGGGGAGACGCUCGCGCUCAGCCCGCGCGCGGGCGCCGUCCACCUGUUCGACCCGGAGACCGGGGACCGAUUGAACUGAAUUGA